ACACCAUUUAUAGUAGGUAUAGGAGAUUUGUAUCAUCAUCAUCAUCAUCAUCAUCAUUUUCUGUUACUUCUCUGCUUGUCAAUAUGGCAACUUUCGUUUCCCUUACAUUCCACUUGCUAUCCUUCAUUUUAUUAUAUACCAGUCUCUUCUACUUUCUAAAGAUAAUCUUUCAUAAACUCGGGCAACUUCCCAGCCACGGCCCGCCAACCUAUCCUAUAAUUGGAUGCUUGAUUUCAUUCUACAAAAACCAGAGCCGUCUUCUAGAUUGGUAUACUGAACUUAUUUCAAAAUCAGCUACCAGUACUAUUGUCGUAAAUCGGUUAGGUGCACGUAGAACAAUUAUCACAGCUAAUCCACAAAAUGUUGAGUAUAUACUCAAAACAAACUUCAACAACUUCCCCAAAGGCAAACCCUUCACUGAAAUUCUUGGGGAUUUUCUUGGCUAUGGAAUAUUCAAUGUAGAUGGAGAGCUUUGGAAUAGUCAAAGAAAGUUAGCUAGCCAUGAGUUCACAGCUAAGUCGUUAAGGGAGUUUUUUAUUAGUACAUUGGAAGAAGAAGUUGAUAAAGGUUUAUCGCCAGUUUUUGAGUCGUUGGCAGAAACAGGAGAGGUUUUUGACUUGCAAGAGUUGCUAAGAAGACUUGCAUUCAACAUGAUUUGUAAGGUUAGUUUAGGGAUUGAUCGACGUUGCUUAGAUCCUUCUUUACCUGUUUCACCUCUUGCUAGAGCUUUUGACAUGGCGUCUGAGAUAUGCGCCAGAAGGGCUACGGCUCCUAUGUAUCUUGUUUGGAAGUUUAAGAGAUGUCUUGGGAUUGGAUCUGAGAAAAUGCUUAAAGAUGCUGUUCAACGAGUUCAUCAAUACGUUUCAAAGGUUAUUGUUAACAGGGAGAAGAUGAUACUAGAACAAGGAGAAAAUAAUAAUAAUCAGAACCAAGAUCUUCUUUCUCGGCUUAUAUUGGCUAGACAUGAGGAGAAAGUGAUAAGAGAUAUGGUUGUAAGUUUUAUUAUGGCAGGUAGAGAUACAACUUCAGCUGCGAUGACAUGGCUAUUCUGGUUGCUUUCUUGUCAUCCAGAUAUAGAGCAAGAAGUAUUUAAAGAGACAAAUAUUAUCAAAGAAAGAAAGUUUGAUUAUGAUUCAUUAAAAGAGUUGAGAUUUUUGAAGGCAUGCCUUUGUGAGUCAAUGAGGCUUUACCCACCAGUAGUUUGGGAUUCUAAGCAUGCCCUUGUAGAUGACUUGUUGCCAGAUAAUACCCAUGUUCGAGCUGGAGAUAGAGUGACUUAUUUCCCUUACGGAAUGGGAAGAAUGGAAGCAUUGUGGGGUAAGGACUGCCUUGAGUUUAAACCGAACCGAUGGUUUCUUGAACCGGAGCAGUCAAGUUCACUGAAGAAAGUAUGUCCUUACAAAUUUCCAAUCUUUCAGGCUGGUCCAAGGGUGUGCCUAGGGAAGGAGAUGGCAUUCAUUCAAAUGAAAUAUGUGGUGGCUUCCAUUCUCAGGCAGUUUGAAAUCAGACCGGUUAGUUCAGACAGGCCGGUUUUCGUGCCACGGUUGACGGCUCACAUGGCCGGUGGAUUUAGGGUUGUGGUCAGAAAGAGGAGUCAGAUAACCACGACUGACUCUAAUUAAAUUAGUUAUUCGACGGUGAAUAAUUUAGAUUUCAGUAAUUGGAAGGUGUAACAUGUCAUUAUUAAAAUUGAAUAUAGAUAGCAGACUAUAAUAUUAUACGAUAAUCAUGAAAUGAUCCAAAAUAAUA